GCGAGCCAAGUGUUUGCUUCCAUGGCUCUGUUUUCUAGGGUUUCCACUCCUUCGUGUGUUUGGAAUGGGAGAGGAGAAGGCAAAUUUCUCCACUGCUCGACGCAUUCUAGCGCGGGAUCCUGGAAAUGUCGAGCGGAGGUCGAAAGAUCGGACAAAGCGAGCUCCUCUUCUUCCUCUUCCCAAUCUAUGCUGGAGCGCUUGGAGCGCUUGACGCAAUCGAGCAGCAGCAGCAGCAGCAGCAGCAAUACAAUCGCGAGCAAGCUCGUCGAUCGCUACGGUAACAGCGAGGAGGGCUCGGAUUUCUCCGUGCCACUGGUGUACUCGCGGUACAAGAAGCCCAAAAUCUCGGUCCAGAGGAACAUCAAGCGCCAGGAGUACCUAGACAAAGUCUCGCAGCGCGAUGAUUCUGGGACGUUUGCCACAAUCGGGCUGUUCGUGCUCGUCCCACCGCUCGCGAUUCUCGCAGUAGCGAUCGCCGUGGGCUAUGUCAAUAUCUUACCGUGAUGGAACAAAUACGCAAAAUAUUUCAUAUAGAAGUCCUAGGGUUCUUCUGUUCUCGUGUAGAGAGAAGCAUGACCGGCCAUGGAUCCGGGGAAGGCGCCGAUCGAUCGCUACCAGGCAGGUCUGGCGCUCCUCUCCGAUCUACAAGCCGAUGGAUCGUUGGCGGCCGGCAGCGUCGAUGCUUCUCCCAAAAUAUUUCAGCUCCUCCGAGUGGUGCAUGCGAUCGAGAAUGCCGCAUUCUCGCCGAUAGGGAAGGAGCGAGUAGCGAAUUUCAGGGCUGCAGCGCUAACACUAGUAGCUGAUUUUCUCCGCUCGGAUGAGGAUCUUUCGCGUGGUUGCAUCACGUUACUGCGCGCAGGUGUAGGGGCUGCCGAGGAGCUCGAGAAGGUGAAUGAUGAUUUGGCGGCUGCAAACGCUAAAGUUGAAGAGCUCCAAGAAGCUCUGGCAAACGAGGUGGCCAGCAAGGAAGCUCUGAUGAAGGAGAAUUUUGUGUUACGAACUCGUCUCCAUGUACAGCAACAAGACCUCUUCCAGCACGACACUCAAAGCCGGGAUGUGACUCAUCACUUGCAGGCUCUGGGCAAAGACCGGGCUCAAUUAGCUUCAGAGAAAGCAGUACUUGCGGAAGAGUGCAGUGUAAAAUCAGGCAUUCUAGAGCGUCAGGCAACGGCCAUCGCACAACUCAUGGACCAAUGCGAGAAGGAUGCCAAAGAGCGUGACAAAGUUGUCGAGUCCUUGAAGGCUAUCAGUGAAGAAAAACAUGUUUUCGAGGUGAAUCUACGGCAGCACUCGAAGGUUAUCGAGAACUUGAUACACGCAAACGCGGAUCUCAUUGAAACAGCCAACAACUUCAAAGCUAACCGCGGUUUGUAAAAGGGCAUAUUCGGGAAACUCCAUUUGGUCGUUUCGUCCAUGUAUGGACUUCCUUUA